AUGGCUCGCCCGCUGCGCGGGGCGUGCAUAUCUAGCACCGGCCGAGUAUCUCUCAUCUUCGCACCUCUUCGGCAGCAGACUGUAGUUCCAGCGAAACGGUUAUCAAGCGCCGCCUUCCUGUCUCUCCUUGCAUCAUCACCGGCUCGGCAACCACCUUGUGCCCACCCUUUCAUGAUGUCGGUGAGACGAUCAAUUCACUCAUCCACAAAGAGGUCCUCCUCCAACGACCAGUUGCUGGUCGCAACACCGUCGCCCGCAUCCUCACCAACGCCAACUUCAACGUCCCCAUCGUCGCCCGCCAUGCGUCCGUCCCCACCGCCCCUCUCCAUCCUCCCGCUACACAUGAUUGUCCGCUCCCUUCUCACGACGACCGUCUCCUCGUCGCCAAUUCUCCUGCCGCCGUCGCUGUGGGUCAUGUCCGUUCUCGCGCACACUACCAACCCCGUCCUUGACCCUGACAGGAACCCGCUGCUGCGCGUCUUCCUGAAAAGCACCUUUUAUGCCCAGUUCUGCGCAGGCGAGAACCCGGCCGAGGUCGGUCGGACGAUCGACGGCCUCAAGGACAUUGGCUUCACGGGCGUCAUUUUGGGUUACGCCAAGGAGGUCGUCCUGACGGCGGCCCAGACUAAGGACCUGGCGGCGUGCAGCGAGGGGGAAAGGGCGGCGGAGUGUGUUCGGAACGAGAUCGUCCCGUGGGCUCAAGGGACGAUGGAGACAGUCAGGUUGGCACAACCCGGGGAUUUUGUUGCCCUCAAGUUCACAGGUGCUGGCCGUCAAGCAUUAUAUUCUCUUGCAGAACGUCUACCCCCAUCCGCCACCAUGGCCGACGCUAUCGACUCCAUCUGCUCCCUUGCUGCUCAGCGCGGCGUCCGCUUGCUGUUCGAUGCCGAACAGGCGGCCCUCCAACCUGGUAUCGACGACUGGACCCUGGACUACAUGCGCAUAUACAACACCGUUCCCGGGCAAGCCGUCAUUUACGGCACAUACCAGGCCUACCUCAAAUCGACUCCGCAGACCCUCCGGCGACACCUCCAGACGGCACAAAUUGAAAGCUUUACGCUAGGUGUGAAGCUGGUGCGCGGCGCAUACAUCGGUUCUGAUCCCAGACACCUCAUCCACGAUACCAAGGCCGGCACAGACGCCUGCUACGAUGGUAUUGCUGAAAGCCUGCUAAGGAAGCAGUGGGGCGACGUCCUGCACGGAGGCUUUGAGAUGCCCGCCGUCAGCCUGGUCCUGGCGUCGCACAACGCCGAGUCUGUCAGGCGUGCACGGGACAUUUGCGAGGCCGGCGAGGCCAAGAUAGACAUCGCCUUCGCGCAGCUCCAAGGGAUGGCUGACGAAAUCAGCUGCGAGCUAGUCUCGGCCAACAAGUUGAGAGACGCGCAGGAAAAGCAGAGCAAGGCUCGAGCCAUCGAAGCGUACAAGUAUCUCGUAUGGGGGUCAACCGGCGAAUGCAUGAAGUAUCUGUUGAGAAGAGCGCACGAAAACCGUGACGCGGUGCAACGCACGCGGAGUGGGCGUGAUGCCAUGUGGAGCGAGUUGGUGAGGAGAGCCAAAUGUGCCUUUGGGGUAUCUGUAUAAAGAGGAGACGGGCUGGAGGUUUGUUGUAAUUUUGAAACUUGCUUGGGUUGCGUGGAGUUGGGUCCUAGGUGUAGAAGUAUCGUUAGAUGUCUCGAGCGUCAAUCAAGAAGCAACGAGAACAUGACUUACAUCACACCAAUCUCGUAUAGGGGCGCGUCCUAUGAUCGCCGAGGCAUACGCCAGACGGGUCCUGCAUACUAUGCGGUGCGCAGUGCCAUAGCUCCCAGAACAAGUGUUUCCAGCUGUUCCCUGCGUUCCGUCUCGUCCUUGAUGGCGUCGAGCCAGGCAAGACCGUUUAGCUUGUAGUAUUUGCGGACCUUGGCCCAGUCUGUCGAGGUUGCGAUGGAUUCAUCCGUGAAGGGAACCGGGGUACCCUGAAAAUUCUCCUUGAGGUGCUGCUCUACUUCUUCGGCGGAGGGCACGGCGGUAGGAGAGCUGAUCUUGAUUGCAAUGACGUCUCUGCUAGAGGGGCUGAUGCCGAAUCGGCGGUAGGCCUCGGCAAUGUUGUUGGCAGAGCUCAGGGACGCAACGAGCUCGGAGUGGACGUUUGGGGUCUUGAGGCUACCGUCAACCUUUGCGGUCACGGCCUUGAAGGCGGCAGCAAGAAUGUGGGUUCUAGAGACAGCGAUGGAGGCAUCAAUCAGGGCAUAUUCGAAGUCUGCGUUGCGGUCGAGGAGCUGCUGGUGAAGAAAGGCGGCGUUCUGAACGUCCUUGAAGACGGCAAUAUGAACGGCGUGGUCUGCGGGCACGUGAUCGAUGGGUAUGGUCUCGAUAAUGGACAACAUUUUGGAGGAAAUGCUCGAGUCAACGGACGGAGGAGAGGAGGCUUGGUGAGUUUUGGCGCGAGGCAAGUGGUGAAGGUGUAGAGAGAAAGUAUCGCGGGGUACUUAGAUAGGUAAGAAGGCAAGGUAAGGUUAGGGUAGGAAGGUAAGUAGGUAAGGUGAGCGAGUACCUGGGUGACCCGAUUUGAGUCGGACCAAACUUGAAAGAAAUUGGAUUUCGUAGUUGCGGCCGUCCAAAGUUUGUUGCAGUUCUG